AUGAGCGACCCAAGCAGCACUGUCGCCAAUCCCUUUCCCGACGAGGAUGCCGCCGAGCAGCAGCAGUUCUCGAGCGUGGAUAAGGGCAAAGGAAAAGCAAGAGCAGUCGAGAGAGAGGUAGACGAAAAUGACGAGGACGAUGAAGGCGCCGACGAUGAUGACGAAGACGAAGAGGAUGACUUCAACAUCGAUGAUGACGAGCUUGCCGAGCUGAUCGAGGACGAAGAGGAGCUGGCCGAGAUUGACACGUCCAACAUUGUCUGGACCGGGCGUCGACGAAAUGCUCCUCUCGACUACAGCUCCGAAGAAGCGCUCAAGCAGGCAGGCCUGGAUUCGGGUGCCACCGCCGUCGACCACGAAGAAGACGAUGCAGAGUUCCAGAGCGAGGAGAUGGACCAAGAGUAA